GUAAAGUUAUAAAAGUAGCUGAAUAAAGGUGCACUUGUGUCGUAGAAUUUUACGUUCAUUGAUGUUUUGACAUGACCGAGUGACGAUCUCUAGUUGCUUCAUCGCGGCAUAGCGUUCGCGUACGAAGACCGUAAUUGCUUCUAUCAUGUUGUAGAUCGUGAAAGCCUCGGCGUCAUACAUGUCGGUGUUACACGCGAUGUAUUGAAGCCUAAACAUACUUUAUGCUCCGCUUAUAUCUUCGCGUGCAGAAGGAUAUAGUACAGCCUUUUACUACAGCCAGCCGGUUACGUGAUUAGCAAUUUUCCUAUUCAGAGACUCGAUGGGGAGUAGACGAGUACGGAUAUGGUUUAUUAAAGUAUUGAUUUGUAAUAAACAAUGUGAAGUUGAUCUUCUCAGAUGUACUUUUCCAAGGCCGACGAAAACAAAAUAAAGGCAUUUCAUUAAACAUUUUUUAACUUCAUUAUUUUCAGUACCACUUUAAAUUAAUAAAGUUGAAAAUUAAACUUGGAAAGUUCUAUGUGUGUUCGCUGUUAUGUAUACGUAUGUGUGUACGAGCGCGUGUACGUUUGAAACAAUGAAAUAUUUAAGUACAUAUAUUCACGUGUGUGCAUAUGAAAAAUAUGGUUAAAAUUUUAUAUAUUUCACUUCUUUUAUUUUACAUGUAUUAUUUAAUCGAAAUGAUUGUAGAACCAAAUAAUAACUGGUUUAUUGUUUAAACGUAUACAUAGAUACAAUAUGUAUCAUUAUAUUAAUUGCAGUUUUAUAUUUUUAUGUAUUUUUUAUUGUAAAAACACAUUUGUUUUAGUUUGUUGAGCAAAAUUUAUAUCAUACCAGGACUGAUUCUAAUAGAACUUUCCAUUAUUUUCUAAUAAAAACAGAGCUCAGUUAAAAUCAACCUUCACAUUUAUGAUAUCUGGUCGUGUUCAUAUUUCAAUUGUAUGUACUGAAUUACGAUGUUGAGCUGCAUGAGACUGAAAUUUGUUGGUAUCAAUAGGAUGAUGAACGUUUACCUUGCAUUUUUAACGCAAAUAACGGACAGAGACCGAUCGAUGCGCACAUGAGGGUGUAUAGAAGUUCUUCAUGUCUGCCUGUUCUUUUUUUUUGCAACCGCAGUAAUCAUCGAAAUGUUAGACUAUUUACUCGCAGUCUCUAAGAUAAGAAAAUACAAAAAUAUAUGAUGGAAAUACGAUGGAUAAGUACUUUCUAUUGAUCUACAACUGUAGGUUCCUCGAAUACUGAAUUCAUAGAAUCUUACAGUCUUACUGAGGCUUCACGAUUGACCAUAUAUCCACUGAUGACUGUUAAGUAACUGUAACUGACUUAAACUGAUCCUGCUGCGAUCGGAAAUUUAAAAAAACCCAUUUUCUAACCGAUGACGAUAUAAAUUAAGAAUCAAGGCAAUUGCGUUAGAAUUUUGAUACUACUUAAGCUGUGUGCGCUGCACGUAUUAUUAAUAAUAAACAGUUCUGCGUUAGCAAACUGAUAGCUUUCCUCGGAUCAAGAGAUACGAUGGUAUCUCGCGCCGAGUUGUAAUCUUCCUGUAACACAAACGCAGAAGAAAACCGAGUUAAGUUGAAAUAUCAGUAACCGAGCUGGUGCUACCGUGGCGUGAAACUGAAUUGCUCAGAGUAAAUAUAUAACGGUACAAAAAUGGUGAAUACUGUGUGUCGCUCUGUCGAGUUCGGACUUCGCGCGAUCGGUGUAUGGCCGGAUACGUCGUAUGCAAUUUUGCGCCGAGCGUUCUGUAUAUCUACGAUGGCAAUAUUUCAGACCUUUCAAUAUCAACACUUGAUCAUGCAUUACGGCGACGAGGAUCUCUUUCUACUCAUGGACGUGUUAAGCGCAACUCUGGCUUACACUCUUCUGCUGAUCAAAUUGAUUAUUUUUUCGUUUAAUGCUCGUCUGCUGAACGAAAUCAUAGCGCGCCUAGUUGAGGAUUGGAAAGAGCGCGAUGUUUGUGACGAGUACGCGAUGACUAGGAUGUCGUACAUCUCUCGUCGGUUCUCCAACUUUAUCAUUGCCUUGUACGCGCUUUCGGUGCUCCUUUACGCAACCGGUACUUUGCUGAGAUACAAAAGUAACAAUCAGAACGACACUCGAGAGCUUAUUCUUAAGAUGGAAUUGCCCUUUGAAAUCAAGAGCACAUCGGUACAUGUAGCUGUCCUUGUUACACAAUUUAUUCAUCAGACAAGUGCAGCAAGUAUGGUAGGCGUGAUGAAUUCCUUGCUGAUAACACUGGUUCUUCAUGUGUGCGGACAGAUUGACACUGUGAGACAAAAAUUGAGCGAAAUCACGCGAAAAGACAUCAAGCGAGACGCGAGCGAGAGCAUCGUGAAAAUGUUGAUUAUUCGGCAUCAAAAGAUUAUCUCUUUCUCCAAGAAUAUCGAGGCCUUUUUCUCGAAUAUCGCGCUAAUACAAUUCGUAUCAAAUACUUUGGUUAUCUGUUGUCUAGGAUUUAUUAUCGUGAUCCAUGGAGGCAUUUAUAUUUUGUUUCCUCGGAGAGUAUCUCAGUACAAAAAGCCAGAAGAUCGGCGAUGCGGCGUACGAAUCGCUUUGGUACGAGCUAAACCCAAAUCAAAAUCGAGAUGUCCUGAUCAUGAUCAUAAGGUCACAGAAGCACCUGACGCUCACAAUCGGGAAGGUCAUGGAUCUUUCUCUCCGGCAAUUCGCCAGCAUCGUGAAAGCUUCGGCGUCAUACGUGUCGGUGUUACACGCAAUGUAUUGAAGCCUCACACUGCACGCCACUUAUAUCUUCGCGUGCAAAAGGAUAUAGUACUUUUAUCACCGCCAGUCGUUUACACGAUUAACAAUUUUUCUAUUCAAAGAGGCGGAGUUUCGCUUCAACUGUACGUGUGUAGACAAGCAUGGGUAACGAAGCAUCGAUUUACCGAGGUACCUGUUCGCCGAUGGCUUUAUUUAGCCUGCAGUGCAUAAGGCCAGAGCUAUAAAUACACCAUUGAUAUUUUAGAUCGAUGUAUUUUACCGAGUCUAGUAACAAAAUGACGACCAAAAUAAACGCGUUCAAUUAAAAGAGAUUUGAUUUAUCCAGGCUACUAGCGCUUUUAUAUUACAAUCAAAAAUUGAUUUGGGAGAUUCUUAAGACGACUAAACACAGCUAUAUGAAAUCAAACGUAUUAUGUUAAAGGCGCGGUGUAAAAAUAAUAAACACAAAUAGUGAGAUGUAGUUUUAUGAAGGACUCACAUUGGUU